AUGGUAGCGUGCCGCCAGGGCCUGCAGUGGGACUGGUGCGUGCAGCUACUGGCCGAGAUGCGGACGCAGAGCCUCAGGCCGUCCGCCACGGCCUUCAGCAUGUGCGCCAGCGCCUGCGGCCGCGCGGCGCAGUGGCGCAGCAGCGUGGCGGCGCUGAGAGCUAUGGAAGACGACGGCCUGGCGCGGAGUCUGAAGACCUGGUCCGCGGCCAUGUCCGGCUGCGGCGAGGCCCAGGAGUGGGAGGCGGCCCUGGCGCUGCUGUGGGAGGCGGAUCGCAGCAUGCAGCUAGACACCAUGGCCUGGAACGCCGCAAUGGCUGCCUGCAGAAAACGCGCCUGGGAGGUGACCCUUGCGUUGCUGAGCGCCAUGGCGAAGAAGCUGACGCCCAGCGUGGUGUCCCUGGCGCUCUGCGCCGAGGUGUGCCACUGGCGCCAGGCCCUCGCCUUGUUGGAGGACGCCGGGCGCUUGGCCGUGCGCCCGGACCUGGUGUUGGUGAACGCCACCGCGGCCUCGGCGGCCCGAGGCGGCGCCUGGGAGGCGGCGCUGGCGCUGGCGGCGCAGCUGCCGGCGCGGCAGCUGAAGCCGGACAUCGUCAUGGUGAACACGGUGCUGGCGGGUUUCUCUGCGAGCUCCCACUGGGCCCAGACCCUCGCGCUGUUGGCCCAGCUGCCCCGGCAGUCCCUGCGCCCGAAGUCCGUGACCUUCAACACCGCGAUGAGCGCCUGCCUCCGUGCCAGCCAGUGGCACCUGGUCUCGGAGCUCUUUGAGGAGAUGCAGCGCAGGCAGCUCAAGGCCAGCGACAGCACGGUGAACGCCCUUUGCGGCGCCUUCGAGCGCCGCACCGCGUGGCAGGCGGCGCUACACUGCGCCUUCGGCUUCGCCCCAGCGCGAGGAAUCAAGCUCAGCUCGCUGUCGCUGGCGCCAGUGGUGUCGGCGUGCCGCAAGGCGGCGCAGUGGGCGCAGGUCCUCGAGCUCCUGCGCCACAUGGAGGCGUCCUCUUUGGCGCUGGACGACUGCUUCCGCGCGGCGCGCAUGGCCAGCGAAAUGGAGUCCGGGGAUCUACCCACAGCCCUGGCCCGGCACCGGGAGCAGCCGCGCGUCGCCGAUCGUGGAGCCUGGCGAUCGCGGAAGUUUGGGCACCUGGACCUUCACCAGCUGCAACCGCAGGAGGCCUGCCUGGCGGUCUGCUGCGCGCUGCUGGAUGCCGUGGAGCAACCGCGGCCGCUGCCGGCCGCAGGCUUGACGCUGGUCACGGGCAAGGGCAGCCACUCCCCAGGCGGCGAGGGUUUGCUGCAGCCAGCGGUGCAGCAGUUUCUCAGAGAGAUGAGCAUCGAGACCUUGAAACUACCCAACCCAGGCCGCCUGGCGAUCCCCCGGCGCGAGCUGGAGGCCUUCCUCUCGAAAAAGAGUCGCGAGGCGCGUCGCAGCGAGCGGCGCGAGUGA